GCACACUAACUUCUGUCAACUCAGUGUUCAGUACGCAGCCGUGCGCUGAGGAGAGAGCAGAAACUCAGUCAUUCGAGCUGCAUUCAGCCUUUCUAACAUCCGACUGACGGACGGACACGCGCCAUUCAAGUGAACAGAAUCGGAGCUCGUGCGGUGAUUAUUGAUUAUUGGUGCGGCGCGCGCGUUUAAUGGAUUAAAAUGUGAAUCCGUGAGUUACUUUGCAGCAAAGCAUCUCACACAUGCACUAAUCUGAUCAAAUAAAAGCUGUGUCAUGUGAAUAUGGGCACAUAAGACAUUCACUGCUGCACAGAAACCUAUCGCACUGCAUUCCUACUGCUGUUGCAUUAUGCAUGGGGAAUACCUGAGAAAGAGGCUGUUCUUCACUGUCAGAGCAACAUAGACAGGGCUGAUUUCUGACUGACAUCAUUCAUCAGGCAGCUCUGGAACAGGGUUUGAAAGAUGGACUUCUGGGUUUUGCCCAUUUGUCAGAUCAGCUUCAUGUUGACACUGAUGUCAUCCGCUGGUCAGGGGUUAGCGAGCCAGGCGCAGAGUGCUUACUUCCUACCUGAAUUUGCACUUUCUCCACAAGGAAGCUUUCUGGAAGACACAACAGGAGAGCAGUAUCUCACCUAUCGCUAUGAUGACCAGUCCUCAAGAACGACCCGCUCAGAUGAGGAGAGGGACACUGGUUGGGAUGCCUGGGGCAUGUGGAGUGACUGUUCUCGUACCUGUGGAGGCGGAGCCUCAUAUUCUCUACGCAGGUGUCUCAACGGAGUGAACUGUGAAGGCAGAAACAUCCGCUACAGAACGUGCAGCAACACAGACUGUCCUCCGGAGUCAGGUGACUUUAGGGCUCAACAAUGCUCCGCCCACAAUGACAUCAAGUACCAGGGACAAACCUACGAGUGGAUACCUGUGACGUACGACUCUAUUUCACCCUGUGCCCUCCGAUGUCAGGCCCGGGGGAAAAGCCUGGUGGUGGAACUGGCACCCAAAGUGUUGGACGGCACUCGGUGUAAAGCGGACUCUCUGGAUAUGUGUAUCAGUGGGAUCUGUCAGGAAGUUGGCUGUGACAGACAACUGGGGAGCAAUGCUAAAGAGGACAACUGUGGCGUGUGCGCCGGAGACGGUUCCACCUGCCGACUGGUCCGAGGUCAGGCGCUGCCCCACGUGUCACCUGAAGAACCCAUGAAGACGGUGAUGGAAGUGCCGAUGGGCAGCAGAGGCCUCCGAAUCACAGCCAAGGGACCAGACAUGAUUGUGAUUGAAGCCCAUGCACCAAACAGCCGGAGAGAAGAGGUCAUGUUCAGCUCUUCAGGUUCUCACGCUCUGGGUAACAACACGGUGGAGUACCAGAAAGGAGCAGAAAGACAAACCCUCCGCUGCUAUGGGCCGCUGUCUGCAGACUUCACAGUUAAGGUGAAGUAUGCUGGCCCUAAAGACACAGUGAUGCAGUUUAUGUUCUACCAGCCCAUUCGCUACCAGUGGAGGGAAACUGACUUUUUCCCUUGCUCCGUCACCUGUGGAGGGGGUUAUCAGCUCAAUUCGGCUGAUUGCAUGGACAUUCGUUACAACAAAUCUGUUGCGGAGCACCUGUGCCACAGCUUCCCGGAGAACACCAAACCUACACCCAAACUCAAGGAGUGCAACAUGGAUCCCUGCCUUGAAAGUGAUGGCUUCAAGGAAGUGAUGCCCUACGACCAUUUCCAGCCUCUACCACGUUGGGAGCAGAACCCAUGGACGUCGUGUUCAGUGUCGUGUGGAGGGGGCUCUCAGGAGAGAAGCGUGGUGUGUGUAGAGGAGGACGUUCACGGUCAGAUCGUGCUGGUAGAGGAGUGGAAGUGCACACACUCCCCAAGGCCAUUCAACAAACAGAGCUGCAACACGUUUGAGUGUCCACAGUGGAUGGCCAUGGAGUGGUCUCAGUGCACGGUUACCUGCGGCCCAGGUCUGCGGUACAGGGUUGUGCUGUGUGUGGAUCACAGUGGGCAGCAUGCUGGCGGCUGCAAUCCCCACCUCAAACCCCAUAUCAAAGAGGACUGCCUGGUCCCCGUCGCUUGCCACAAACCACGAGAGAGCCAACCUGUUGAAGCCAAGCUGCCCUGGUUAAAACAGGCACAAGAGCUGGAAGAAACCAAAGUAGCCUUGGAAUACCCAACGUUCAUCCCGGGUCCGUGGUCGGCCUGCAGUGUGUCUUGUGGUCUGGGUGUUCAAAGGCGUCAGGUGAAAUGUAAGGUGCUGCUGUCUUUCACUCAAGCUGAAGUCGAACUUCCUGAUGAAGAGUGCGACCAGGACAAGCCUCCCUUACAAAGGACCUGUGAUUCAGGCCCCUGUUUAGCAUCUCCAGACUCAUCGUGGCGGCCCUUGAGGCCCCAGCAGAUCCCUGAUCAGCAUGAUUAUGCUUGGGAAUACAUGGGCUUCACUCCCUGCUCUGAAUCAUGUGCUGUUGGCAAACAGAUGGCUGUUGUCAGGUGUGUGAGCACCUUGAAACAGGAAAUUGUUGAUGACACACUCUGCAACGACUCCAAAGUUGUGCCUUCCUUGCUUCGCAUCUGUAACCCUCAACCAUGUCCUCCGAGAUGGGAGGUGAGCGUGUGGAACCAGUGUUCGGUGUCGUGUGGUGUGGGGCUACAGACGCGCGGCGUGUCCUGCGUGAGGUCUGUGGCAGGAAAUCGCACUGAACUGGUGUCCAGCAAAGACUGUGUGGAGACAAGACCUCCAGAACUGCAAGCCUGCAACCAGGUGGCGUGUCCACCGUCCUGGGAGGCGGAGAAGUGGCAACAGUGCUCUCAUUCGUGCGGCAGAGGUACGCAGUGGCGUAAGGUUUACUGUAGACAGAGACUAGCUACUGGAAGCUACCGCAGGUUGAGAGACGAGGAGUGCGCUGGAACCAAACCCGAUGUCCACAGGACCUGCACCAACCCUGACUGUCUGCUGCCUCGUCUGGAAGGUGGAGAGUGGUCCAAGUGCUCUGUGACAUGUGGUAAAGGUGUCCAGCGGAGGGAACCUGUCUGUAGGAGACAGACGGCCUCCGGUCAGCUGGUCACUCUGGACAGGUCAUCCUGCAGUGACCUCCCUCUUCCUCCUCUGAUCAGGAGCUGCCGUAUGAGCCCCUGCAGCAAGCAUGUUCACUCCAGAAAACGUUGCCCUCAGGUCAUUGGCCUGAAACGCAUCUACAUCCAGACCCGACAAGAAAAACGGCUCAGUUUUACCAUUGGAGGACGAGCCUACCUUCUUCCCAAGACCGCCGUCAUUAUCAAGUGUCCCGUGCGGAAUUUCCCUAAAGCUCAGAUCCGCUGGGAAAAGGAUGGGAGUGAACUGUCUAGUUCCAAACGUCUGAGCAUCACCAAGUCUGGGGCUUUGAGGAUCUACAACCUGGAAGCUGGAGAUAUCGGACUGUACCGUUGCUGGGCCAAUCAAGAUUCAGACACCUUCAUCCUGAAGCUGAUCGGAUACAACAAUAGACUCCUGGAACAGCCUGAAGGAAAGGGUUUGGGGAAGGAAAGAAGUAGGAACUUUCAUCCGUACCUCAACAAAGAAGGAGGUUACGCUGGUUCGAAGUGCCAUGAGGGGUUUCCACCGGGAAAGAAGGCUCCAAAAUCUCACCCGAGCUGGGUGCAAAAAAACGAGUUCUACCGAGACGAUCACGGCCAGCCUAAGGAGCUCUGGGAUACCCUUGCUUUGGGGAACUAUGCUUUGGCUUCAGGGGCCAGGAGCCACACAGGAGCCUUUGUCCUUGAACCUGCACAGUUCGAGGAGCUUGUGAAGAACAUCAGUCUGCUGGCAGAGAGCGGGGAUGUAUCGGAUGAAAUGGCGUCGCACCUGAUCGACAAACUAAUAGAGGAUUUGGCUGUCGCAGGGCAAGGGGUGCCUACUGAGGAAGGCACUACGAUGGACAAUCAUUUAGAUAAGACGCCAAACACUUCAGAACUUACUGGGGAAAUGGGGUCGAAAAGAGGCAGUCGAGCGGUAAUCGUUCGUCAAAGGAAUCACGGAUCUGCAAUGAACUUCCAGAGGGAUCUCAGGAUCCAUGUGGGCAGGAACGCUUACCUAACCAAUGCUACUCACAGCCUCACGCUGGUGUGUCCCGCUCAGGGAUUACCACCUCCAAACCUCUCCUGGAGCAAAGAUGGAGCUCCACUACAGAACAGCGACAGGGUAUCAUGGGACAGCGGUGGAGAGGUACACAUCGCCAGCCCCGGCGCCAGUGAUGUGGGCACCUACAAGUGCACUGCCACCAACGAGUUGGGCUCCGAUUCAGAGACAACACAUGUUCUGUUGGCUGAAACUCCCACGAUCGCUGCCUCACAGAGAAACAUGUCAGAUCUGAGGAGUGCCAGUCUGAAGGUGGUGGUUGGAGGUGUUAUUACUGCCCGUUUAGGUGCCAACCUCACCCUGGAGUGCCCUGUCAAAGGUGUGCCUCGGCCAACAGUGAGCUGGCACCAUAAGGAGGGUCCGCUAGGCGCCAGCGCUAGUCCCCUUCUGAACGGAUCUCUGCUCUUGAGAAACCUCACGCUGCGAGACUACGGCACCUAUUCCUGCAUGGCUGCCAACAGCAUUGGAAAAUCGGUGGCCUCCAGCCUGCUGCGUGUGGCGGGAGGAUCUUUGGGUGAAUCUGAGCACCAGCCUUCAAAGGAGAUGAACAGGAAGAGGGUUCUGAUGGCCUCUGUGAUCGGCACCAGUGUCACGGUCAAACCUGGAGAUAUCUUAAGGAUCGGAUGUCCGGUGGUCCCCAGUCACAGGAAGCCCAUCAAGUGGUCCCAUCAGAACCAGACCCUGAAGCAGAGUCCAGGCGCGAGCUACCGCAUGCUGGUGGGAGGACGAGUUCUGGAGAUGAACACUCACGGAGGGAAAUUUGAUGGACGUUACGAGUGCCAAACGCAGAUCAACAACCAGCAGCGUCUCACAGCUUGGAUUCACGUGCUUUCACAAGAGUUUGAGUGGCGUUUGGGCGAGUGGAGCUCAUGCAGCGCUUCCUGUGGCAACAGAGGGACUCAGAUGAGGAAGGUUCGAUGUCUGACAUCAGAGGGCAGGGAGACGCCUCAUUCGGUCUGUCAUCAUCUUCCCAAACCAAUCAGUCAACCACAGCCGUGCAACAUCCUGGACUGCCCUCCCAGCUGGGCGUCAACAGUGUGGUCCAAAUGCUCCAGUUCCUGUGGGCGGGGCUUCAGAGAGAGGCGGGUCUCCUGUCAGCAGGUGGAGGCAUCAGGAAGCAUGAAGGUUCUGUCCAGCGCCGCGUGUGAAGGAUCUCCUCGACCUGAAGACAGGGAAGAGUGCACCUCUCACACCUGUGUGGAGUGGCUCACCGGCCCGUGGGGGAAGUGCACGGGUCGUUGUCUGGGUCCUGCGGUGGCCACACAGAGCCGAACGGUGUCAUGCAGACACUUCAGCAACUCCACGUCCAAAACAUGUGACCCAAAAGAAAGGCCGUCAUCCGUGAGGAACUGCUCAUCCGAGAUGUGCGACGUGCACUGGAAGGUGUUACCGUGGAGGACGUGUACCGUGGCGUGCGGCAGCGGCUUCCAGUCCCGAAGAGUGGAAUGCGUCCAUCGGCAGAACAAAAAAACUCUCCCCGAUCAGCACUGCGCCUGGCAACGGCGGCCUGUUACCUGGCAACACUGCAACGUCACUUCCUGUGGCAGCGAGUGUACGGACAGAACCCACUACUGUCCUGUGGUGAAACGUCUCAAGCUUUGCCCUGUGGAUCUGUACCGGCAACGCUGCUGCCAGACCUGCUCACAGGACACUAGCGCCACCUAGUGCACACCAGAGGCCAAACUAACAGAUGCCCUUUUCAGUCACCGCACUGAUUGUCUCUCGUAAUACAGAAUAUCGUUUAAAUCGUGCAAACCCUUGGACACCUGGAGUGUGUGGACUAAAAGAUGUCUACUGGUGGCAGACGUGUGUUUUCUGGACUACAUUUCACUGGAUGCUUUUUCACAAUCAUCAGAAGUCCAAAGAGAAAAUCACUUGAUGAGAUUCGAGACUUGUCUCUUUGCAGAUUUCAUUUGAUCUUGCCCUGAAAGUGAUAUUGUAUGUGUAUUAAUUUAAGAGACAUGCAUUUUUUUCUUGUGGAUAUGAGAGGACAAUCUUAUUGGACCAUUCACCUAUGUGAAGGAAAUUAAAAUGAAAGCAUCUUGAGUGUACAUAAUGCACUGAUACUAAUAAUAUCAGUAGUGCACAACUUGGGAGUAUUAAGAGAGACAUUUUCAGAGUCCUACCCUAAAGUCAACAUGAAAUACUGUCGCAACCCAUUUUACUUCUUUAACCUGAGUUUGAUACUUCAGAGUGAAAUAGGACAUUCAAAGAAAAAUAUAUAUACAGCUAAAUCCAUUAGGACUUGAUUGGAUGGUGAAUGGAGUCAGGUGGGCAAAGCUAUCCAGGAUCAGGUUAUCUUACUUUUGUGCUGGUUUUUCAAAGCAAAAUUGGAUUGGAUCACCCUGAUCAAGAUGCACACUUUUUCAGAUUACCAAAUCUGGAUUACUUGUGUUCUAUGGAGCCCCUAAAGGGACAUGGUGAUAGAAAGAAUAUGAGAUGGGAAAAAACAAAAACAAAAAAAAAACUACAGCUUUUGGGUUCUCUCAGAAAAGUUUUUUGUAGUGUUCACCCCCCCCCCCCAAAAAAAAACAAAUAACUUUUGAGUGGUUCAUGUCUUAUGAUUGUGGCAUUUUAGUUUACAAACAGUGAUAAAAAAAACCCCACUUUGAAUCAAAUAUAGUAUUUUUGUUUGAUAUUUACAGCUGUCAAUUGUACCAAAAUUAUUAUUUUUUUUACUUUACAGUAGGUUACCGAACGGUGGAGCCUAAUGUCUACUUUUAAUUUAUUACUUUAACAGUUAAACUAGUCAAGAACAAAAAAAAAAAAAAGAAAAAAGUAUAUUACAUGAUAAAAAUGUUGUAUUUUUCGAUUACAUUUUUGUUUGUGAAAUCUACCCUUUUGAUGGGAUCAGUAUAAUCCAGAUUUUUUGGGUCAAAGGUCUUUACUAAAAAGUUUUGAACAACACAAACUGAUGAUUUUAUCCAGAUCAAAACCAAGACUGGAUUUUUGUGAUCUAAUCGGAUUUCAGAAUCCUUUUUUUUCCCAAUGAACAACCUAUUUUCAAGAUUUGAUCCAAUCCGAUAGCCAAAAUCCGAUAAAAAAACUAGCCAAAAAACUGGCCCUAAACUGCCAAUAAUGUGUAUUUUACUUUUACAAUCUACUAUGCUGCAACCAAAUUGCCUGCAAGGGAUCUUAAUAAAGUUGAACUUAAAAAAUGUAAACCACUGGGAGACCCCAGACGACUGACACUCACAUCAAUAGAUGCAAUAUAAUACAAAGUAUUUUUCCAAAAUCAAGUUUUAAUUGUAUUUUUGUGCCGUGACCCUAGAGGCGGGAACGUGCGCACUUACUAGACAUUAUCAUUGUGGCGUUCAGAGCUUGAAAUAACAUGCAAAUGCUGAUAAAUUGUGCAAAAUAACAGCAGUAGCAUGUUUUAAGAGAGUAAAAAGGGUUCAUUUUGUUUUCAUGUUGACUUUUUUACAAAAUGUGUUAAUAUGGGUGUAGAAUGUAUGACAGAAAACCCGUUGACUGAUUGAAAUGGCAUGUGCCAUAAACGUCACAUUUCUCCAGCCGUCUUUUAGAUGUACGUUUUGUGUUCAAACAGAGUGCUGCAUUGUAAAAUAUGUCUUGUAUAUAAUGUGUUUUUAAGUGCAAUAUUGUACAUUGAGUGUAGAAAGUUUGGAUUUUAUUUUCUUACAUCUUGGUUUAGUUUGUCUUUAUUAUCCAUAUUUAAGAUUAAACACAACACAGACCUACGUACUUAUAGCACCUGAAGUGGAUUUUCCAUAUCUCUAAUAUAAUGCUUUCUUACUGGCCUUUAUGCAUGUAUUUUAAUUACAUCAACAAAUGUUGUACAUAAGACACUCACAGAGGUUAUCCAUGAAUUUACUCUUAUUGCAAUGUGGAGAAAGCAUCGCUACAUGAAUCUGUUGAGGAAGCGCUAGUUUUGGUACUAUUCACGUCAAUAUAGCAAACAGUCUAUGUGAUACAAAUACAAUAAAAUACAGUUUUACAAAUCA